UAGCUUGAGACUGGAUUAAAACAAAUAAAAUCUUAAAUUAUGGUGACGUAGAUAAAUCGGAAAUUAAAUAACCUUCCAUAUACUGUAAGGCACUCUAUGAGUGAAAUAUUUUUUAGAUGUGUGUUCAAUCAAAUCUCUAGCCAUAGUACUAGAGAAUUAGAAACCAGCCGAGAGACCCUUCUGUAUCUCUACUUAAGUCAGUUGGAAUUCUUUUAAAACGUAUUUCUGUAGCACCCUGAUAUAAAAAGUAACCAUACAUACAUAUUUUCAGAAUUUAUGUCAGAAAGCCAAAAACUCUCGAAACGAUCAGACGUUCUAAGAAGGUUUACUGUAGUUUAUAAAAGCUUAAAAGAUAAGAGAUAUCUUGGCGAAGAUUUUUAGUUCUCUUGCCAUAAUCUUGCAAACGGACCGGAAAGAUAGUCUGUGUCUUCAUAGAAAAUAUAAGCUAUAUUUCGAAAUAGAAAUGAUACUGUUUGUUUUUAUUGUCUCUACAUGUUUUCUACCACACGUUCAUAAUGGAUAUUCUAGGCCUUCCUAUCAAGUGCACUUACACAGCAAAAAUAACUCAGGAUAUUUACUUGACAAUAUAUGCUAUGGAAAUAUUCUGCAAAGUCAUAUUGUCUUAACCGCAGCAUCGUGUUUAUUAGCUGUUUCUGAAUUCCCAUACAAGACAAAACUCAUUCAAUUUGAUAAAAUAUUUGUAUCUUUUAAAAGUGAAGAUAUGAAUGAUUUAAUUGUUCUAGUUAGCAGCAUUCAUGUUUAUCCUAAAUUUGACUAUUUUACUUUGGAUCAUGACAUAGCUCUUGUAAAUCUCAGUUCGCCCCUACCAUUGUCACUGCGUGAUGACGUCAACUGGAUUUUAUUGCCGAAAUUAAUAAUAAAUACGGAGUCUUUCUUGGAAGAAGACACUAAUAUAUGGAGGAACUCCUAUACCGAAAACAAAUUAAGAGGAUAUGGUGUACUAUCUGGAAAUAAUUUAGUGGCAAUAGUAACACUUGCUCCCCGUAUAGAUAAACUGCGUGAUAAAAAUGAAACAAAUAUUUUCGAUGGAUAUACAAAUCGGAUAACCCUACUUUUUCCAUAUUUGAGUUGGAUAUUUGAAAUCUUAGAAGAAGCUGAGAUCAAAGAUAUCCAAACCGGCAUUUCUACGAACUCACUACCAUAUACCGAGAGGAAGAACGCUGAAAUGGUACGUCAAAAUGAGGUGUCUGGAUCGUUUAUAAGUGCAGCACAUCCCUGUACCGUCACCGGAAUUGUGACAUUAAUAUUAGCUUUAAAUUUUUUGCAUUUUUUAAACCAGCGAUCUUUAAAUAUCUCCUAGUACAUAUUUCUGUAUGCAUACAAAUGAAAA